CGGGCGGGGAGGCGGGAGCUGCCGGGCCGCCUGCAGCCUCCGGAGCCGCGGCCGCCAGCCGCACGCCGUGGUGAGGGGGCGGCGGGCAGAGCCGGGCGGAGCGGGGCGGUCGAAGAGGAGCUCGCUGCCAGCGCGGCUCUGCGCUGGGCUCGGCGUUCCGCAGCCCGUUUUGUGGAGGGUCUUCGAUUGCGGUGUUUCGAACCGGCAGGAAAGAAAAGAACGAAAGUGGCGAAGCCGAGAGGAGAGCACGCGGCGUGAGCUGGGGGGGGGAGCGCCGGAGCGAAGUGAGCUGCUCGGAGGGGAAGCGCCGUUCGGAUCCAGAGGGUGGCACUGGAUUUACAUAAACCGAUCCAUUUCAUUAUCCUGGAUACUUCAGCGCCUGCUGGCUCUCUAACCGAUACGCUCUCCGCGAACACUGCGGUUUCAGGAGUAUAAAAAGUGCGUGCGUUUCGUGCUCCGGCGCGUUCCCCUCCCCGCAGCACGGCGCCCGCCUCUCGCGCAGCGCGCAGCCCUGGGCCGGCCUCGGGCCGCACUUCCUCCGUGCCUGCAGCGCUGCGUCCGGGGCCCCGUGCUGGAAGAGGGGCGGUGAGCUCCUGGAGCGCGCCCAGAGAAGGCUGAGAGAGUUGGACUAAUGAUCUUAGUUGUCUUUCCAGCCUUGGUGGUUCUACGAUUCUAUAGAACCGCUUCUUGCAGAACUUGGAUUUCUGCUUCACCUGCUUCUCUUCUACAUCUCUUCACAGUGUGUUCAUACACCAGUUUUUGAGUGCGUGCCUGAAACUUCUCGUGUCCGGCAGGGAGCCCUUGAGAUGACAGCCAUGGCAGAAUUCAACAAUGUUCAGUCGGUGUCUGAAAUGCCAGAAGAAGCUGAAGCUAAACGUGGCUUCUAUCACAGAAUGUUUUUGGAACCUCAGGAGGAGAAGAGGAACCUGAAGGCUCUGAUGGUUAAACAAGUGAAGAAAACUUGCAGCUGCACUCCAGCCAAAGUUAAAGACUGUGUUUUGAGUUUCUUUCCCAUCUUGCAGUGGCUUCCUAAAUACAAUCUAAAAGAGUGCUUACUGGGAGAUAUAAUGUCUGGUGUGAUUGUGGGGGUCUUGCUAGUCCCACAGUCAAUUGCUUAUUCUCUCUUGGCUGGACAGGAGCCUAUUUAUGGCCUUUAUACAUCCUUCUUUGCAGGCAUUAUUUAUUGCAUAUUUGGAACAUCUCGCCACAUCUCUGUUGGUAUCUUUGGUGCACUUUGCCUGAUGGUGGGACAAGUGGUGGAUCGUGAGGUGCUGAGAGCUGGCUAUGAGUUGGAGCCAGCUGCUCUUAGUGACCACAUGGAUACAGCAAUGCAUGUGAACUCCACCAUUGCACCUGUGAACCAGACAUUACAGAAGCUGCUCUGUGAUAAAACCUGCUAUGCAAUAAAAGUGGGAGCCACCAUGACCUUCAUAGCUGGAGUUUAUCAGGUGGCCAUGGGUUUCUUUCAAGUGGGCUUUGUCUCAGUGUACCUCUCCGAUUCAUUGCUCAGCGGAUUUGUCACGGGUGCCUCCUUUACCAUCCUGACAUCACAAGCCAAGUACCUCCUGGGUCUGGACAUUCCACGGAGCAGUGGCGUCGGCUCCCUCAUAACCACGUGGAUAAACAUCUUCAGAAACAUACACAAGACUAACAUGUGUGAUGUCAUCACCAGCUUUUUGUGCUUUCUUGUUCUUAUCCCGACUAAGGAGCUUAAUGAACAUUUUAAAUCCAGGCUCAAGGCUCCAAUUCCAGUUGAAUUAGUUGUGGUUGUGGCAGCUACUCUGGCAUCUCACUUAGGGAAGCUGAAAGAAACCUACGGCUCAAGUGUUGCUGGGCACAUCCCAACUGGCUUUCUGCCACCCAGCCCUCCUGACUGGAACCUGAUUCCUAACGUGGCAUUGGAUGCUAUCCCCAUUGCUGUCAUUGGGUUUGCCAUCACUGUUUCCCUCUCAGAGAUGUUUGCCAAGAAGCAUGGUUACACCGUGAAGGCCAACCAGGAAAUGUAUGCCAUUGGCUUCUGCAACAUCAUUCCCUCUUUCUUCCAUUGCUUCACAACAAGUGCAGCUCUUGCUAAGACUCUUAUUAAAGAGUCAACAGGCUGUAGAACACAGGUUUCUGGCAUUGUGACUAGUUUGUUAAUCCUAGUAGUCCUCCUUGUGAUUGCACCUUUGUUUUAUUCCCUUCAGAAAUGUGUCCUUGCUGUCAUAACCAUUGUAAACCUCAGAGGUGCCCUGCGAAAGUUCAGGGAUCUGCCAAAAAUGUGGCAUUUGAGCAGGGUGGACACGGUGAUCUGGCUCGUUACUAUGGCGUCCUCAGCACUCAUCAGUACUGAGAUUGGUCUUUUGAUUGGUGUUUGCUUCUCUAUGCUCUGUGUCAUUUUUCGAACUCAGAAACCAGAGGCACCAUUGCUUGGCUGGGUGGCAGAGUCUGAAACCUAUGAGUCCCUGUCUGCUUAUAAGAACUUAGAAACGAAGCCAGGAGUUGUGGUGUUGCGUUUUGAAGCACCCCUCUACUACAUCAACAAAGAGUGCUUCAAAUCCGCGCUGUACAAGCAAACUGGAGUCAACCCAGCCUUGGUGAAGGCAGCGAAGAAAAAGGCAGCAAAAAGAUUGCUUAGAGAGAAGGAAGCGGGUUCUGGUGGCAACCAGACCAAUGUUUCCAUGGAGCUUGUGUCUGAGCCGUUGGGGUUUCACACGAUAGUGAUUGACUGCUGUGCAGUCCAGUUUCUGGACACAGCAGGAAUACGCACGCUCAAAGAGGUCUGCAAGGACUACAGUGAGAUAGAUGUCCGGGUGCUACUGGCACAGUGCAAUCCUUCGGUGAGGAGUUCCCUAAUGCGGGGAGAAUUCUUCAAAGAGGGGGAGGACCAUCUUCUCUUCCACAGCGUGCAUCAGGCCGUGGACUUUGCACUGGGUGCACAGGAGCACAGCAGGACCUGUGCUUCUAAGAACUAGUUGUGGGAAGGCAAUGAGUUGGAACAAAGCCUGGAAAAAAAUGAGCAUUGCUUUAUGUAUGGUACUGAGUGAAUGCAACUCUGAAGUUUUUCAUCAUCUGUAUACGAACCAAAGAGUUUCAUAUGAACAUUCAUCUCAUUUCUCUUCUGCCAUCAACUUUCCUUUUCUUGGUUCUCUUCUGUUUUGAUGAUCAGCAUGGAGGUCUUUCUGGAUGAGACAGGCUUUAGAAGCAUUCUAGGCAACCCAUCUAGACGAAUGCUACAAGGCAACUCAUUUCUCGUUCCUUGUUGAGAAAUUGCUUUUUCAUAUCAUCACAGCCUUUUAUUUUUAAGGAAUGACUGACAGGUACUGUUUACUCUGGUUUUUAUCAAGUUGUGAUUGGUUAGUCGUAUUAGGACAGAUAGAUAAAGAAAAAAAUCAUGUAACAGAAAAGUCUUAAUGCACAGCUUAUAACUUACCUGUCACCUCUGGACGUUGCUUUGUCAUCAUGUGUUGACAGCCAAAUGCAGCCAGAUGAGCAGGGGCACGGUUAUCUAAUUUCUGUGCAGCCCCUUACACGCCAGGAAAGAUUGCUCUUUUGCUCGAAUCUCUUUGGAUAAUCUCUCUGGAAAUAUUUUUAUUUGGACACGAUUGCUUAGAAGUCUGAUUCAUACUUACGGUCAAUUGCUUGUUUUGUUAGUAAUUAGGAGUGCGUUAGGAUUGUGAACAUUAGAUAUGAAAGAUCUCUAAUUCAUGGGUUGCAACACAGUACAAGCCAGUUUUACUUGCAAAACUGACAGAACCACAGACAUCAGAAUGAAAAGGGCCCAACAGAUUAUCCAGGCCAAAUCUGCCUGUGCCAUGCAGACUUCCUGUGUGAAUGCAGGUUUUAUUGACCAUAAAUCCUUUACAUAUGCUCAGUCAUGGGCCUUCUGUAAUGGAGGUGUUGGCCAAGAAGAGAGGUAAUCAGAAAAAGAGCCAGAAAGAAAUCAGCUGAAAGCUCUUCACCACCUUAGUGUAAAUAAAACUUUGUACUUUGCUUUUAAGUUAUGCAGAACAGUGAAGAGUCCCUAUUGUUCAUGUCGAAAUAAAGGCACUGGGUAGGAAGACGUUCUCUGUUCUUACAGCAACAGAAUACAAUUAUGAAAGCAUAAUUGAAAGAUGAACUUUUUUUUUUUACUAACUGCCAGGGGAGUUUAUAGUCUGAACUGCAGUUUCUUGACAGCUUUUAAGAGGGAAAAGGUGUUGUAUAUGACAAUAAGCUCAUCUUUAAUCAUUCAAAAAUGAGUCAGGAAUCAAAAAAGUAAGAACAUGCAAUGUAAAUCAUGAAACAUUUUCUAAAUAGAAAUACAUUUUCCAUUUAGGAUGAUUUUAUUUUUCUGAGCAAUUGGGAACUUUUCCCUUAUUUCAGUGAAAGCUGAAAUGUCACACGGUGCUUCAGUCUAGGAGCUGAGAGCUCAAGAGAAGGAACAGACAGAAGGAAGUUAAGUCCCAGGACCGGCAACAUUUAUAUGCUAGGUGAACUUACUACAUUUUUUUAGGACAUCAUAGGAGUGUAUGAAAACAUUUAGGGAGUGGGCAGGGUGGACGCUAGCAUGUAUGGAAAAGGAAUUGGACUUACUAAGGCAACAGCGAGUCUUCAAAUAUCAGAGAUUCUAAAGGUUCUGCAGUGUUCAAAAAACACAAAUGAUUUUCUUUCAUAGCCUUAAGGCACGUUUAUACAAGGAGGUGAAUCCCAAAUAGCUACUGCUGACUUUUUUUCUUUUCUGCAUAAACUUUUAUUCUGUGCUAAGAAUCCCUUUUGCACUUUGGGUAAUUACAGGGACCAAGUUUGUGUUAUCAAAGUGGGGGCCACUGUCAGGAGGGAGCAGCUCCAGCAGCCAGGAUCUUGCUACAGGACGGCUUUCAACUCUAAACAAAAUUACCCGUGCCAUUUUUAAAUGCCUACCCCCAGCUAUUCAUUUUCACCUCUUUGCCCCUCAGGCUGGGCAGCUGAGAGGGAAUGAGCUGCUCUGAUGGUCCUGAAGGCUUCCUCCUGGGCAGGGAUGGAAGCAAAGCAGAAGGUGCUGUGGGUGAAUUUUUCCUGUCUGUGCUCAUGACUUCUCCCCAUCCAUGCUGCCCAGGAGAGGAUUUUUGGAUUUGUGACCAUGCACAGUGAUAACAGAAGAAGAAAAUAAAAAGUAUUUAUUAAACACCUUUUUUUUUCAAAUUUUAAAUUUAUUUCCACCUGUGCCAAGAAGGGAGGAAUAACUGCAUCAAUUCCAAGGAGCAGUACUACAGCUGUAAAGGAUGCAUAUUUGUAGCACCUGAGCGUUUGUUUGCAUUAAAGCACAAUAAAACAGCCAUAAAUUGAUUUUCAAGGAAUUAAUUUAGAUUACAGCUAAAAGAUAGACUGAGGUGAUUUAUGUUUAGCUAGAGCACAUCAUGCUUGGCCGCAGUGCUGUUUGUGCAGCCACAAUUGGCAGUGUAGCCACCAAACUGAAUUUGAAGCAAAACACAGACAAAAAAAAUGUAUUAAAAUGCAACUGCAAAAGCAUCCAGCCAGCAACAACAACAAAAAAACAACUUCUGAUGUUCUUGGUUAAGAUAAUAUCUAUAGGCUGCAGUUUAUUCUCUGUAUAAAAGCAUACAGCCCUGGUCGGAAGGGAAUACAAAUAAAUGCCAGUUGGCAGAGAGUUAAUGUAAUAGGGAGUCCUUUGGCAUGAACUGAAGGUUAGAGCUUAUCGUGACUGGGAUUUCUUAAAAUGGUGGGUUUUCAGGCAUUUUUCUUUUAAAGCAUUUUUUUUUUUUUUAAUGGAGACACAAGUGUAAGUGAAUUCAGGCCCGCUAGAGCAAGCAGCAUGCCUUGCUUCAGUACGUUUGUGGAUCCUUGAGAAAUAAUCUAAAUUCACAUUUAGGCACUGAGGACCACUGAGUGAAAACUGUUGCCCUAAAAAAUUUGUUUCCUAAAGGAAUUUCAGACACGUGUGUAUACAUAGAUAUCUAUAUAUACACACGUAAAUGUACACACACCUUUUGCAGCUUUAUGUCUCCAGUUGUGCUUUUGCAAAGUGGCUGCUUCCAUCCUAGAAGGGGCUCUCUAGCCUUCCGCUGACUUAAAUAAACAGUGGAACACACAUACAGGAUUUUAGAAGGGAAACUGCUAUACCCAGUACUAUCUAGUGCUCCUCUUAUCCCUUCAGCUUAAUUUGUCAUCUACAAAAAGAAUGAAUCCUGGAAUGGUUGCCUUUGAGCUACCCAGAAUAGUGGCAUUUGUUGCAGAGGCCUUCGCAGCCCAGGGCCAACCUGGAAGGUGCAUAAACCUGUUGUCUCCUGUAAGGCAGCUCCCAGAUGUCUUAAUUCAGCAAUUAUCUGUCGAAAUGAGGAAUUAACAGAUCAUUAGCACAUUCAUUAACGGUAACAAGGUGGCAUUAUGGAAAUUAACACUUGCAAUCUCAGCUAUACUGAAGGCUUGUGGAAGUAUCUUUAGUGGUCUCCUGCUAAAUGUCAGACUAUGUUCCUUGCUGCUAUAGGCAGUAGUUUUCAGCUCCUGAUGUGCCAAUUGCACUAAUAAAUGUUUCACCUGUGUAAAUGUUUUGACACAGAACCAAUUUUUAAACCAUUUCAAAAAUAGGAAACGGUUUAAAAAUGUGAUGCAUGUGGUACUUAUAUUUGGAUUUAUGAUGACGUUGUAGUGGAAAUGCUCAGUCAUGGCUUGAACCACUGAUUGAGCACCUGGUGGGAAGGCAGGGCCAACCCAGGGGAGCUCAGGUGCACACAAUGCAGCUGAAUGACUGGGAGGGAUGGAGCCAGGGUCUGCCAUUUCCCAGGCCUCAUUUGAGGGUUGGCAGUGGAGGGGAGGGUAUCUGAUUGAAGAUCCCUGCCUACCUGAGGUCUUCUCAAGGUAAGCAGAUUUUCUUUUGUUUCUGUGUCUAUGGUUUUUGCAGCGGAGCUCGUUCUCACUUGUUGUAGCCUGGGAUUGUGUCACUCUGCUGUUACUGCUGUACUUUCCUCCAUGUUGUAGCACUACAGAAUUACAAUUGUCAACUUUGGUCCUGUGUGAUUUAGUGAUCCAGAUUUCCUAGCAAGUUGUUGCAGCUCUGGUCAUUGCUCUUCAAUUCAUCUCCUCACCUUCUUUCAUACUUCUGUGUUUGUUUGUAAGGCACUGUAUGUGAUUGACUGUAAAUAGAAUCUUAACAUAUUUUAAUAUUACCUAUGAGCUGCUAUUCAGUUUUCGUGUCAAAUCUUCUAGUGAGACCAAAGCUCCUGAGCAAAGACUGCAGAGGUACCCCCAGACUCGUGUUUGGGGCUGUGGGGAGCAGCCCCAUGUUCCUGUGGGAGAGCCAAGCCAGACCUGGGGCUGCACCAAGGGCUUGUGUACAAGCAGCAGUGCCUCCCAGGACAGACAGACGAGCCUAGCAGGAGGCCUGCAGUGGCACUACAUACAGCCAUGUGCCUUUUUUCCAUGAGUGUAAAAAUAACACAGGGACCUCAUUCCUGUCUGGUGCUGCUGCAUGAGUCAGUGUCCCAUCCUCAGCAUUAAAUGGGAUUUCUGGUUUUGUGAUUAUUUGUUUUUGUAUACUUCUAAUCUAAUUCUGUACUUGACUCCCCUAGAAAAGACCACAAAGCUGCUCUGACAUCUGUACUCCUUCCUCAUCAGGUUGCAGCGAUGAACAGGGAGAUCUCUCUCUUGGGGGGGGGGGGGGG